AUGAAAAAGAACUUUCCCUACAGGAACAGAAUGGAAGGAGGACCGAGCAGAUUGGAAAUUCACACCCCAGUAUUUGACAAGAAAAAGAAAAAAUACUCUGUAUAUAAGGAAGGACACCUAAGGAGUUCCCAUGAAAGUUUCAGAGACACUCCUCUGACAAGCGAACAGCGUCAUAUAACCAAGAGUAAAAAAAAGAGAAAGGAUUUCCAGCAUUUUCAUUCUUCCCCUUUGCAAAAAUCAGAAAUUUGCGAGGAGACUGAAAAGACCACUUCUAUACCCAAAAAGAAUAAAAAGAGAAGACAGAAGGCUUUGGGGGUAGAUGAGGAAACAGGCGUGGUGUACGUCCUGGUGGAUAAAGAAAAUAUCAAGGACACGCCGAAGAAUUUUAGGAGCGACGUCGAUGUCGUGUACGUGGACACGAGCAAGGAACAAGAGCCAACACAAGAGCCUGAUGCAGACGAACCACAGUCCGUUCCCAAGUCACAUGAAAAUGAGUCCGAAGAACCGCAUCAUAAAGUCAGGGAGAAAAAGAGUAAAAAACAUCGGAAGAAAGCGGCAUCGGGCGAUGCUGUGCAGGAAAGCCCGCGUGCGAGCCUGCCCCUGCCCGAGGUGGAACCACCCCAGCCAGAAGCCCCCUUUCCCGUGGGCCCAGAGGGCGAAACUGCCCAGCUGCCAAUACCCACAGGUAAAAAAAAGUCUAAGAAAAAAAAGAGAAAAAUUUCACACAACCAGGAAUUUGAGGCAGUGCCCGGGCCUGAGGGUCUGGAGAACGUGCACUCCGAAGGAUGUCGAGGGGUCAGUGGUGUAAAGAAAAAGUCUAAGAAACGGAAGCGAAGCUCUGCUGAAAGCCCCGUAGCGCCUGGUGGGGAGUUUUCAGCGCUCGCUGCCAGCUUGGAGGACGCGCACUUUGAUUCACCGCAGGGAAAUGGCACCUUGACUGAAGAAAGGGAGGAGCCCAGGCCACGAGAGGAGAAAACCCAGGCCUGUAUGGAAGAGGUGCAGAGGUUGGAACCUACAAACGAAGAAGAAGGCCGUCUGGAAGUGGCCACAGGUUCCGAAACGAGGUACUUAUCCGAAGAGUCGAGAGAUUUGGGCGACUCGGAUGUGGAUUUGGACUCGGCCGUGAAGCAGCUCCAGGAGUUCAUCCCCGACAUCAAGGAAAGGGCCGCCACCACCAUCAAGAGGAUGUACCGGGAUGACUUAGGGCGGUUUAAGGAAUUCAAGGCACAGGGUGUCGCUAUUAGAUUUGGCAAGUUUUCUGUAAAGGAAAAUAAGCAGUUAGAGAAAAACGUGCAAGAAUUUCUGUCCCUGACCGGAAUUGACAAUGCGGACAAGCUGCUGUAUACAGACAGAUACCCAGAGGAGAAAUCUGUGAUCACCGACUUGAAAAGAAAGUACUCCUUUAGACUGUGCAUCGGGAAGGGCAUUGCCCGGCCCUGGAAACUCGUUUACUAUCGAGCAAAGAAGAUGUUUGAUGUCAACAAUUACAAGGGCAGGUACAGCAAAGGAGACAUGGAGAAGUUAAAGAUCUACCACUCCCUGCAUGGAAACGACUGGAAGAAGAUUGGCGAGAUGGUGGCUCGAAGUAGCCUCUCUGUUGCCCUGAAGUUCUCCCAGAUCAGCAGCCCGAGAAACCACGGUGCUUGGAGUAAGACGGAAACCCAGAAGCUAAUCAAGGCUGUGGAAGAAGUGAUUCUAAAGAAAAUGUCUCCCCACGAGUUACAGGAGAUGGAUUCUAAGCUCCAAGAGAACCCCGACGGCCGCCUGUCUAUUGUCAGGGAAAGUCUCUACAAGGGCAUUUCUUGGGUAGAAGUAGAAGCCAAAGUAGAAACCAGAAAUUGGAUGCAGUGUAAAAGUAAGUGGACGGAAAUUCUAACCAAGAGGAUGACGAAUGGUCGGGAUGUGUACCGCGGAGUGAAUGCCCUGCGGGCCAAAAUCAACCUGAUCGAAAGGUUGUAUGAAAUAAACGUGGAAGAUGCUAAUGAAAUAGACUGGGAAGAUCUUGCUAGUACCAUAGGCGAUGUCCCGCCAUCCUACGUUCAAACUAAGUUUUAUAAGCUGAAAGCUACCUGUGUUCCCUUUUGGCAGAAGAAGACUUUUCCAGAGAUCAUAGACUACCUUUACGAAACCAGUCUGCCUCUGCUUAAGGAAAAGUUAGAGAAGAUGAUGGAGAAAAAAGGUGCUGAAAUCCAGACUCCCGCGGCGCCCAGGCAGGUGUUCCUACUCCGAGACAUCUUUUAUUGUGACGACACCAGUGAGGGAGAAGACGGGGAGGAGAAGAAUUAA